CUUGUGUGUAAUUUUUUUUUUUAACCAUGGUCUCUGUGGAAAAACCAUCAUCCAUUCCUAUUCUUGAUUUUGAGCUUUAUCAACCCGAUGAUCCGGAUAAAACUGCAAUCACUACCGAUUUUUUGAAACAACUCUAUGAUACUAUGCACGAUAUCGGAUUUUUUUAUAUUCGUGGUCAUGGUGUCCCAUUAUCAUUGAUUGAAGCCGCUUUAGAAACGUCAGCAGCAUUUUUUGAUUUACCUUUGCAAGAUAAAUUGAAGGUCGAUAUGGGUAACUCACCUCAUUAUCGUGGAUUCACACAACUCAAUGGUGAAACAACCGAUUAUAAACAAGACAACAGAGAAACAUUUGAUAUUGGUCGUGAAUAUCCCGAAGGACCAUUAGAUGCACCAGCUUACACACAUUUACGUGGUCCUAACCAAUGGCCAACACAGAUACCAUCCUUUAAACCAAUCAUCCUUCAGUUGUUGGAAGCUAUGCAUAAGGUUGGUCUACGUGUUCUGCGAGCCAUGGCUCAAAGUCUAGAUAUCAAUGAAAAAGAAUUUAUGGACAUGUUUGGUGAUGAUCUUGGAAUGCGCAUGAAACUUGUGUAUUAUCCAGGAAUGGACAAUGAAAAGGAUGUACCUCUUGAUCACGGUAUUGGAGUUGGUCCUCACAAAGAUUAUGGGUUUCUAGCUUUAUUAUUACAAGAUAAAGUUGGUGGUCUUCAAGUACAACUCUUAAACGGUCAAUGGGUGGAUGCAACACCCAUUGAAGGCACUUUUGUUGUGAACAUCGGUGAAAUCUUUGAAAAGUUAACGAAAAAAAGAUUCAUCGCUACGACACAUCGCGUAUUGAAUAACAAGAAUCAAAAUCGAUACUCGAUCCCUUUAUUUUUAGCCCCACAUAAUCGUUGUCAGAUUCCGGAUUUGGAUCGGUUCUUUCCCCAUGAACGUCUGACACAUAAAUCAGAUGUGAAAGAAGAUCAAUUACUUCAAGGCGAUAUUUAUGGUGAAAAUGAAUUCAAAGGAUAUCGACGAAGUCAUGUACAAGUAACUCACAAAUGGUAUUACUUUGAUGAAGAACAACAACAAUGGCGUCGACGACCUGUUCCUUUGUCUAGUUGAAAAAUGUUAAAUAAAAUUGACACACUUUUUGAUUUCACUUUCAAUUUCCGCUUCUACUAUUUUUUAUAUUUCUGUCUAAAAGUUUCUCCUUUUUUUUUUUUUUUUUUUUCUUUCGUUCCCUUUUUUAUUUAUUUUUUUUUUUUUUUUUUUUUUUUUUUU